AUGUUGUUACCCGCGCGGCAUGCAAGGGAAGGCGCGUUGGAGCGGAGAGAGAUCUCCAAACAGGGCAGGACCUUUGUCGUUGUUGGCGUCAUCGCCGUCGCCAUCUUCGUCAUACUCAUAGUCACAUACUUCUCGACCCUCAAAUUCCGGGCACCGUAUCGCGCCGCAAAGAAAGCAAAGCAGUCGUCCAACGAUAAACUACCCUCGUUGUUCUCCUGGAAUGCCUUCCGCAAGCGCCCGCGCCGAAAUGACUACUCGACGAGUUUACAGGAUACCGAAUACCGGGGGAGCACAAGCAGAGCAAGUGGUGAGAUGAGCGGAGCCGCAACAGCGGAUCCCGAGAGGCAAAUGAACGGCGCCACGGGAGCUGGAGUCGACAGGAACACAUCCAUUCGCAGUGUCAUGACGCUGCCCGCAUAUUCUUCCGCUGCACGAGAGAACGAGAGGGUCUUGGCCCGUGAGGGUGAGCGAGCCGGCGUCGACACUGUUGUCGAGCUCCCUGAGACAAUAGACGAGGAAGAGAGACAAAGAGAAGAAGAGAUGGAGUCUCUAUACCAAAUACGACUGGCACGACGAGUCGAAGCAACAGACCGAGAGGCACGACGGCAGGCACGACGAGAGGCGCGCGCCCGUGGAGACGUCCAAGCCCUAGCAGAUAUCCGGCGAAGGGCCGAAGAGGCUGCAGACCUCUCUGUGUCACAGAUGCUCAUCGCUGAGCACCAGGCCAGAAACCGAAGCCGCGAACAACGAGUAUCUGCCGUAGCAUAUGGCGACCUCGGCGUUGCAAGGCAUGACGGCACCCGUCUAAGGGCGAAUUCUUCAGAAAGCGACAACCGACCUCUUCUCGACUCCGCGGCGUCAUUCUCUGGUCAAAGCCGUGGUCGCGACGCACACCAACGCGGCCUUUCCGUUACUUCCCUCGCACAGUCUGUCGACUCCCGCGCAUCCGACGACUACGACUUCGCAGAUGCCUCACGCUCAAACUCACACUCAACCGGUCCCAAUAGCGAAGGCUUUGAGGUCGUUCCGCUGAACCCGGAGAGAAGUCAUAGUGGAAGUGGUGGACCGUCACCAGAAAUACCACGGGAAGACGCGCCGGCAUACGAGGACCCGCCCAACUACGAAAGCCCGAUUAACACCAGGGCACCACAGUUGCCAGUACUGAACCUAGAUCUUGAAAGAUUACCUAGUAUCCAAGUCACAACAGAACCGACGCCUGUAGAAGGUCGAGCAUCGUCGCCGCUCAGAUAA